AUGCGUCUCCUCGAUGUUUUCGUCGCCGUCGUGGCGUUUCUCCCUACCUCCUUCGCCGCUCUGCCAACUCAAGCCGAAGGCUUUGCCUCUAGUACUACUGGUGGAAGGGGCGGUCAGGUCGUGCACCCCAAGAACAACCAAGAACUGGCCAACUACCUAAAGGAUAACACUGCUCGUGUCAUUUACCUGCAGCGAAACUUUGACUUCAAGGGCUCUGAGGGUUCUGCGACUGAAAUUGGCUGCGCGCCGUGGGGUACAGGUGCGCACUGCCAGCUUUCUAUCAACAAGAACCAGUGGUGUACCAACUAUAACCCUGGUGCUCAGAAGGUCACUGUCAAGUACGACAAGGCUGGUCUGAACCCUCUUAUGGUGGGCUCAAACAAGAGCAUUAUUGGUGUCGGUUCCAAGGGUGUCAUCAAAGGAAAGGGUCUUCGUCUUGCCAAUGGCGUCAAGAAUGUCAUCAUCCAGAACAUCCAUAUCACGGACCUCAACCCCAGCCUGGUUUGGGGAGGCGACGCCAUCACGCUAGACGGCACUGACAACAUCUGGAUUGAUCACUGCACUACCUCUUUGAUCGGCCGCCAGCAUAUUGUUCUUGGUACUGGAGCUAGCGGUCGUGUUUCCAUUACAAACAAUAGGAUUGACGGCGUGAGCCCCUGGUCCGCUAGCUGCAACACCUAUCACUACUGGGCCAUCCUCUUCCUCGGAAAGAGCGACUUAAUCACCUUCAAAGGCAACUACAUGUACCACGUUUCCGGCCGCGCUCCCAAGGUUUCCGGCAACACCCUCCUCCACGUCGUCAAUAACUAUUUCCACGACGUCUUCGACCAUGCGUUCGAGAUUGAGAACGGCCAGGUUCUCGCUGAAGGAAACGCGUUCCAGAACGUCAAAAACCCCCUCAAGCCUGGAACUAAGGGCCGUCUCUUUACUGUCCCUACUGCUGGAUCUGCUAGCUCCUGCAAGGCUUCUCUUGGACGCGCGUGCCAGAUGAAUGCCUUUGGAAGCUCUGGUACCUUCCCUGGCGAUGACACUGGUUUCCUUGGCAGCUUCAAGGGCAAGACUAUUGCUUCUGCUGCUAGUGCUCAGAGUGCUAAGAAUGCCAUGACGAAGGCUGGUUUCGGUCUUGCUUAA